UGUAAAUCUUGAAAUGGAAAUGGCUCCGAUGGUAUCUUUCUUGAAGCAAUAUUGGGCAGAGCUAGACACAACACCUCUGCAAAACCCCUUGUCUCUCUCGAUUCUACUUAUCCUUUCCGUUCUUCUGAUGCUUAAACUCACAACAAGGAGCAAACUCAACUUGCCUCCAUCCCCACCAAAGUUACCCGUAAUCGGCAAUCUUCACCAACUGCUAGAUCCUCUUCUCCAUCGCACUCUUGAAGGCCUGUCAAAGAAGUAUGGCACUUUGAUGCUCGUACACUUCGGUCAAGCUCCGGCUCUCAUUGUUUCAUCAGCUGCGAUGGCUAGAGAAAUGAUGAAGACUCAUGAUAUUUUUUUCCUCAACCGCCCCAGAAUCACAACUGCAAAUAUUUUCCUUUAUAAUUGCACAGAUCUUGGUUUCACGCCUUAUGGUGAGUAUUGGAGACAACUUAGGAAGCUUUGUGUUCUUGAACUCCUGAGUAUCAAAAGAGUGCAAUCAUUUCAGUAUGUAAGGGAGGAGGAACUAGCAGUUUUGAUCAAUAAAAUUCGCGGUUCAUAUUACAAGGGAGGUUCUGUUAAUUUAAGUGCGAUGCUAGUAGGCGUUUCGGACAAUAUAGCAUCCCGCUGCAUUCUUGGAAGGAGAGCUGAAGAGGAAAAUGGUAAGAGCAAGUUUGGGGAGCUAGCAAAGAGGUUGAUGUCACAAUUUACAUCCUUCUGUGUUGGAGAUAUGUUUCCGUCUUUUGGAUGGGUAGAUGUUGCCACGGGACUCAUCGGUCGUCUUAAGGCCACUUUUAAGGAAUUAGACGCUUUGCUUGAUGAGGUGAUUGAAGAACAUAGGAUAGAAGAAAUAGAUGGUAAACAGUCUGACAGGAAAGACUUCGUGGAUAUACUUCUCCAACUUCAGAAGGAUGGCACGUUUGAAGAGCUCAAUAAAGACAACCUUAAAGCGAUCCUUAUGGAUAUGUUUUUGGGAGGAGCUGAUACAACUUCAACAACUUUAGAAUGGUUGAUGGCAGAACUUGUAAAGAAUCCAAGUCUAUUGAAGAGAGCCCAACAAGAGGUGAGAAAUGUGGUGGGGAAGAAAUCAAAGAUAAUAUGA